UCCUUUUACUGCGACCUGCCAGCGGGAGCUGCGUCUCCGAACAUGGAACGGAGGAGUGAGAGCCCCUGCCUUCGGGACAGCCCCGACAGAGGCAGCGGCAGCCCCGAUGUCAAAGGUCCCCCCCCCGCCAAGGUGGCCAGGCUGGAGCAGAACGGUAGCCCCAUGGGUACCCGCGGGAGGCCCAACGGAGCCGUCACCAAGCCCGUGGGAGGUUUGAUGAUUCCAGUCUUUUGUGUGGUGGAGCAGUCGGACGCCUCUCUUGAAUACGAUAACCGAGAAGAGCAUGCCGAGUUCGUUCUGGUUCGCAAAGAUGUGCUCUUUAGCCAGCUGGUGGAGACAGCGCUCCUGGCUCUGGGGUAUUCCCACAGCUCUGCAGCUCAGGCACAAGGAAUAAUCAAGCUUGGGAGGUGGAAUCCUCUCCCUCUCAGUUAUGUGACUGAUGCACCAGAUGCGACAGUAGCCGACAUGCUACAAGAUGUCUAUCAUGUUGUGACAUUGAAAAUCCAAUUACAAAGCUGUUCGAAGUUGGAAGACUUGCCAGCAGAGCAGUGGAACCACGCCACAGUUCGCAAUGCCUUAAAGGAACUGCUCAAAGAGAUGAAUCAGAGCACAUUAGCCAAAGAAUGCCCUCUCUCCCAGAGUAUGAUUUCAUCCAUUGUAAAUAGCACAUACUAUGCCAAUGUGUCAGCAACCAAGUGCCAGGAGUUUGGGAGAUGGUACAAAAAGUACAAGAAGAUUAAAGUGGAAAGAGUGGAAAGAGAAAACCUUUCAGACUAUUGCGUUCUUGGUCAGCGUCCCAUGCACUUACCAAAUAUCAACCAGCUGGCAACCUUGGGAAAAACAAACGAACAGUCUCCUCAUGGCCAGAUUCACCACAGCACUCCAAUCCGAAACCAAGUGCCAACGAUGCAGACAAUGAUAAACCCUGGGCUCCUGUCUCCUCAGCUCAGUCCACAACUAGUGAGGCAGCAGAUAGCAAUGGCCCAUCUGAUAAACCAACAGAUUGCUGUCAGCCGGCUAUUGGCUCACCAGCACCCACAAGCUAUCAACCAGCAGUUCUUGAAUCAUCCACCCAUCCCUCGAGCUGUCAAACCAGAGCCAUCAAAUUCGUCAGUGGAAGUAUCUCCAGAUAUCUACCAGCAAGUCAGAGAUGAGCUGAAGAGAGCCAGCGUGUCUCAAGCUGUCUUUGCGAGAGUAGCCUUCAACCGCACACAGGGCUUGUUGUCAGAGAUCCUGCGUAAAGAAGAAGACCCUAGGACAGCUUCCCAGUCCCUGCUGGUAAACUUAAGGGCAAUGCAGAAUUUCCUCAACUUGCCUGACUCGGAGCGGGAUCGCAUCUAUCAGGACGAGAGAGAGAGAAGUAUGAACCCCAAUGUGAGCAUGGUGUCUUCAGCUGCCAGCAGCCCAAGCUCCUCCAGAACUCCCCAGGCCAAAACCUCGACACCAACAACAGACCUCCCUAUUAAGGCGGACGGCGCCAACGUCAACAUCACAGCUGCCAUUUAUGACGAGAUCCAGCAGGAGAUGAAAAGGGCCAAGGUAUCUCAAGCUCUGUUUGCCAAAGUGGCUGCCAAUAAAAGUCAGGGCUGGCUGUGUGAGCUGCUUCGCUGGAAAGAAAACCCCAGCCCAGAAAACCGCACCCUCUGGGAGAACCUCUGCACCAUUCGUCGGUUCCUGAACCUGCCGCAGCACGAGAGGGAUGUGAUCUAUGAGGAGGAGUCCAGGCACCACCACAGUGAGCGUAUGCAGCACGUUGUCCAGCUCACUCCUGAGCCCGUCCAGGUGUUGCACAGACAGCAGUCCCAGCCUGCAAAGGAGAACUCCCCACCUAGAGAAGAGGCUCCUGCUCCACCUGCUGAGGACAGUUGUGCCAAAAAGCCAAGGUCCCGUACCAAGAUCUCCUUGGAAGCUCUAGGUAUUCUUCAAAGCUUUAUCCACGACGUAGGUCUCUACCCUGACCAGGAAGCCAUCCAUACCCUCUCUGCUCAGCUGGAUCUCCCCAAACACACCAUCAUCAAAUUCUUCCAGAACCAGCGUUACCAUGUAAAGCACCACGGGAAGCUAAAAGAGCAUUUGGGAACGGUAGUCGAUGUGGCAGAGUACAAGGAUGAGGAGCUGCUGACGGAGUCGGAGGAGAAUGACAGCGAGGAGGGCUCCGAGGAAAUGUACAAAGUGGAGCCUGAGGAGGAGAACCCCGACAAAAGCAAGGUGGCUCCCACCGACGUUGACCAGAGAUAA